CACGGGAAAGCGGGUCGUGUGGCAUCAGUUUCUGUAGCGUUAAUAACUCAGGGAGGGAACUGGUUGCAGUAUAAGGUGUACAUUGCGCUAAUGCGGUUUAUUUUACUUAUAACUGCCUCUAACGUUCAGUGAGCAUCAAAAUAUGCUGCUAUUCGUAUAUUCUCUUGCGGUGCUGUGGUGGGAUUUAGCGCGUGUCGUUGUCGCCUGUUCGUUUGCAGUGAUUGAAAUGAUGUAUCGCACAAUUAUACCUGUCAAGGAGAAGCCUGUGUUGGGGCAGAUCAUCUUGGUCGUAGGUACAGGUCGUGGAGUUGGUCGUGAAAUUGCACUGCAACUAACAUCCCUAGGAGCUGUUGUCAUUUGUGUUGAUAUUAACGAGAAGAUGAAUUUAGCUACAGUAUCAGCCGCAAACAAAUAUAGCACCACUGGAAGAGCAUUUAGCUGUAUUUGCGACGUCUCGGACAGGGAACAGGUUCUGAAAAUGGCAAGUGAAAUAAAGAAAAACAUUGGCCAUGUAACAGGUAUAAUACAUUGCUGUGCUCUUCCAAGUCCUCAGUCCUAUAUUUAUAGAACUGAACAGGAAGUCAGGAGAACAGUUGAUGUCUGUGUAAUGUCAUAUUUUUGGCUUCUAGAAGCAUUUCUGCAAGAGAUGGUAGAGAAGAAUGAUGGACACAUUGUUGCACUGUCAUCUGUAACUGGCCUUGCUGGUGUUAAGCAGCAUAUAUCGAUGAGUGCAUCCCAGUAUGCUGUGCAGGGUUUAAUGGAAUCACUUUCAGAGGAGCUCCGAACAGCAAAAAUGUCAAAUAAUAUUUAUAUGACACUGGUUCACAUAUAUCCAUUCAUUGUCAGCAGGGAGCAGGCAAAGGACAUCAGGCUAAGAAUACCUAGCUAUUUUGGAACAAUUUAUCCCAAAGAUGCAGCAAGGCAAAUAAUUUCAGGAAUGAGAAGGAAUUACACAGAAGUUAGUAUUCCAGGUUAUCUGUUGUACAUUAGCAGAAUACUAAGGAUUCUUCCACACAAAGCAUCAGUAAUGUUAAGAGAGCUUCUGGACACUGGAGUCGAUUUUGCCUAGUUUUUCAGUAUUGUAAAACUGCCAUUUUAGAAUGGGUCGAUUCAAGACACAUGAAAAGCAAUAUUUUUUACAAAAUGAAAUGGGUUUUACUUUUAAGACUGUUACAAUUUUAAAAUGCACAAAUUUUGAACAUCAAUGCACCUAGUAUUAAUUCUGCAACUUUAUUGCAUGUCAGUGGAAACUGCUCAGUUUUUCUUGCUAAGUUCCUUGCAGUAUCUUGACUUUGCUUUACAAAGGUACUAAACUGAAAGUACCAUAACCUUUUGUGAAACUUAAAGUGUAUCAGUAAUUUGCUACAUAAUGUAAAGUUAUAGCUAUUUAUUUUUUUAACUGUAAAGGAUUUGCUGCUCUGGAGUGACCCAGUUGCCAUUCUUCCAUUUGAAAUAAUUGUAUUACUCAGGUACUCUUGUUCAAAGAGUUACAACCACAUUGUAGUUCCUUUAAACUUUUGACACAUGUAUUUUUUUCCUUGUUAAGUAUUGUUAUUUGAAAAAUAUUACACAAUAUUUUUUGUAAUUUUAUCUAGUGUAACAGGUUUCUAUGGCAGUAUUUUAAGAAGGUGUACUCUAUAUGAUUACAGGUGUACUCUUUUUGACUCCAAAAGAAUAUAAAUGAGUUUCAAAGGGCUGUAGGUCAUACUGUUUGUGCAAAGAAAUGACUACACUGAAAUAUUUUACUUAGUUUGAAUUUUAAUUCUGUACUUAGAAUAACAACCUGAAAAAUUGACUUCUUACGUAUGCUUGAAUAUUUUGUACUUUUUAAAAUUACUAUGAUUAAUUCCCUUCUUUUUAUUCAAGUUAUGGUUAAUUUAAUUACAGCCAAUGAUAAUCUCAAAUUCUAUUUAAUAAAGGAAAAAAAUACAAAGCACAGUAGAGGCACUUGAAAUGAAACCAUUGUUCUCAUGUUAAAAUAAAAAUGUUAGUGGUGGUCAAAAAAUCUGUCAUUCACCACACAGGAGGCACAAAUUUUUAAUGUUAUACAUAUGACAAGUUGAUUGGCAAGUGAUAUCCAGUUUUGGCCAUUUUAUUUUGUGCUGAAACAAUUAUCUGCAAGGUUAUACCUACUAAUUACUGAAAAUGCUCAAAAGGAAUUUUCUUAUAGUGGGACUUGAAAUUAAUGUUCUUCAUAGUGAGUAUUACAGAUAUAAUGAAGAAAUUUCAGUGAGACAAAGAAAUAGCUAUCAAUUAUUUAAAUAAAGUUCCUUGUUUACAAUCUUUUAAACAAAGACUGUAUUUUACAUAUCAACAUAUUGUACUAUAUUAAGCUGGAAGAUCUUAGUUUUUAGUCAGCUUUUUUUUCUGCUGAAUAGAUCGAAUAUUUAUUUUCUUGCAAACAGUCUGGAUUUGUUUUAAAUAUCGCCAUCCAUUAUAACUAUACAGUAGUGAGUGGUCAGGAUAUAGUGUUAUCCAUAACUGCAUCAACACUGAGAUCUGUCAAUAAAUACAAAUACUUUAUAAGUUAUUUAAUAUGUGUGUUCUGUUAAAUACAAGCUUUUGUUUAUUUUCAUUUUUAUUAUAAUAAUAAUUUAUAAAACAUAAUAUGUGAGUAAUUUAGAAUCAGAUUUAAUGUUUUGGAAAAACUGACUUCCUCUCAUUGCUGGCCAGUGCAGUAUGAUGUUGCUAUUUCCUCUGAAACAAUGCAGCAGCAUAAUUUGUUUCAUAGUUCACAUUUGGAGUCAUAUUUUUGAUACAGUAUUUUACACAAUGAAGUUAUUAUACACCA